UCUAACACCACCAUUCGUUAGCUAACAAACUAUCUAAUUACCUAACGAAGUAGUUGGUCGUUUGUUAGAAAAGCCACCGACCCCAAGAAGACCUACGGCUUACAUAAACGAAUCCAAUUAAGUCCAAAUUUAAUUAACUCCACUCCACCCCAAAGCAAAUACAAGAAACCCAAGCCAUACUCAAUUUAUAAGUUGUUCCACGCGAAAAGAGGAUGGAAGUAGAAAAUACGAAAAUUGCUAAAACUGGGGGAUAUCGUUACGAUAACGGCACGGUUUACGUUGGAAAUUGGAGCAACGGCGGUUUAAGGGAAGGAUUGGGCCAUUUACAGUUUCAGGAUAAUUCCCGAUACGACGGUUACUUUCAGGAUGGGUUAUUUAACGGUCUCGGGGUGUUAACUUUCCCCGAUGGAGCCAAGUACGAAGGUGAAUUUCUUGAAGGUUGGUUUCAUGGUUUUGGUAUUUUUUGGAGGUCAGAUGGAAUGAAGCACGAAGGAGAAUUUCGUGGAGGAAAAAUGUGGGGAUUAGGUUUAACAACUUUUACUGAUGGAACGACUGGAUUUCCAAAAUGUGAAGGAUUUUACCAAGACUGUCGAAUGGUUAGAAAAAAACCUUGCCCAGAAAUAAUACAAAGGGCUCAAAAAAUCGCUUUUAUGGCCAGGAAUUUAAUUGAUACCUCCUCUUAAUAAUUAAUUGUGUUCGUGAUUUUGUCAAAAAUGACAUUAAUAAAAAUUGAUUAAUCAA